AUGUUAAGGUGUAUAGUAUUUUGUGCGUUCUUCGCUUUUGCAUUGGCUUUGUACGAAAAGUAUGAUGGACAUGCUGUCUACCGCGUGGCAGUGGCCACGGAUAGGCAGGCAGUGUUUCUGCAUGGUUUAGAGCUGAGAUACAACUUGGACCUAUGGCAGCGAGCGGCGCCGGGUGAGGAGUCUAUAGUCGUGGUGCCGCGAGAGCACCGCUUCUUGAUGGAGGCACUGUUCUUACUGAAUGGGAUGAAGUAUCGCCUUGAAGUACGAAAUGUGAAGCCUUUCCUUGACCUUGAGCGUGUAAAGUUGACAAAAGCGGCGAUGCUGAGUCGUCCUCUGAGCGGUGGAAGAGUGUCGUUUGACAAAAUUCUCACUUACAGAGAGGUAGACCAGUUCCUAGAGAAUUUGGCUAGAUCGUACCCCAAUACAGUAACACUGGAAACUGCCGGAAGGAGUUUCGAGCGUAGACCCAUCAAGUACGUCAAGAUUUCCAGCUCUGGAUUCCAAGAUAGACAAAAGCCGGUGAUAUUCGUACAGUCCCUCCUCCACGCCCGCGAGUGGGUGACCUUACCAGCCAGCUUGUACGCCAUCCAGAAGUUGGUGAUUGACGUCACAGAACAAGACCUAGUUGACAAGAUUGAUUGGAUCAUUCUGCCUGUCGCUAACCCAGAUGGAUAUGUCGCUUCUCACAGAGGUGAGAGAUUCUGGCGCAAGAACCGAGCCACUGGCUACUCUCUCUUCUGCAGAGGGGUUGAUUUGAAUCGUAACUUCGACUUCAUGUGGGGUAAUGCUUCUAGCAACUUCGGCUGCUCAGAAGUCUUCCACGGGCGUCGCGCUUUCUCCGAGCCCGAAGCUCAGGCUAUCAAGACGAUCUUUGACCAGUACAAGGACCGUAUCCAGAUUUAUUUCGAUUUGCACAGCUUUGGCAGUAUGAUUCUGUAUGGAUAUGGUAAUGGUCAGCUGCCAAACAACGCUCUAACACUUCAGGUAGUUGGAGUCAAUAUGGCUACAGCAAUCGAUGCUGUCAAGAUGUCUUUCAAUCGUAACUACGUGGUUGGAAAUUCAGCCCAUAUUCUUUAUCAAGCUUCUGGAACUGCUGCGGAUUAUGCCCAAUCUAUUGGCAUACCUCUGUCUUACACUUACGAAUUGCCUGGAUUUAGAUUUGGAUUCCAGACAGCACUAGGUUUCUUAGUUGAUCCAGAUUUUAUUGAACAGGCUGGCUAUGAAACGUGGGAAGGGAUUAAGGCUGGUGCUGAGCUGGCAUCGAACCAUUUUCGGAACCAGAAAGUAGAUUCAUACGUUCCUUGCUCGAAGAACAUGGUCGUGGAAUACAACUGUACAUUUCCCUACAGAACACAGGAGGAUUUGUAUCGUACCCUUGGCAAUAUGAGAAAGCAGCAAGCGGCAUGUUCCGCCAACAUUAUUUCCUAG